AUGGAUGAAACUGAAGACUUCUUCGUACAAGUGGAGAAAUCCCUUAGAAUUAAAAUACCACACAAUGUGAAAUUGCAUUUAGCACUUUCUGGUUUCGGUAAUAGUGUAUCACUGGCAGAUAUAACUGACAAAGACAUUCAAGACAUGGAAUUAUUCGCAAAAACAGAUUUGAAGGAGAUAGUUCCUAAUUGGAAUGAGUAUUUGGGAGUGUUUAAAGAGAAAAUAGACUCGUUUCGUUUUUUUUCGGGGGAGAAAGUUCUCAUCUACAAGAUGAAAGAGUUCGCUCAGAAGAUCAGGAAAGAUGUCGAAAAAGAUAACAAUAUUACCAGUACUUCAUUUUCAAGGGCAGCAAAUGCGCGAUCGAUAAAUAAUGAUAAUAAAAAAAAACUGGAUGAUAGGGGUGACGAUUCGGAACAAGUACAACCGAGGAUACAACAUGAUAACUUGGUGGAGGAGGUUGGAAUGCUGAGACAAGUCGUCAAAACGGGAAUUCUAAAUCGCAUAAAGAGUCUCAAAAAAGAAGAUCAUCGGAUAUGCAUGGAACCUUUUAGAGACCACGAGUUCAUAGUAAAAUUAGAUCAAUUGGACAAUGUUUAUUCAAACAUCAAAUGUCCAAUCUGCGAAAAAGAAAUAAAGGAAUCAAAUAAGAUAUUGAGAAAAUACCUAAAGAAAAUACGAGAAAGUGGUGAAGAAGGCAGCUUCAUAAGAGGAGAAAAACUCUAUAGAAACAAUAUAGGAUACACAGCGGAAGAGAUAUUGGUUUUUGAAAAAAGUAUUGAAUCAACAGAUUUCCCAAAACCCACUAGCGCACCAGAAACCCCUUCGAAGCCGCUCGCAGAAAGAACUAAGAAAGAAAAAAGCGAAUCAGAUAAAUCUACAAAGAAGACAGAAGAGGAAACAAAAGAGGAGAAAAAGAAAAACACAACUACCAGAAAUAUUGAGAGCAGUUUCACACAAAGCAGGCCGGAGACCAGAGAAAGAAAAAACUCAGCAAAAGAGAUCAAAACGAGGUCUACACAGAGAAACGCAACGAAAACGGCCGAACAUGCUUUCAACGACGUCCAAAGUGAAAAACAUUCUGAGAAGCAGAACGCAAAUAUAGUAAUAGUCACAGAUGUCCAAGUCCACCCCCCUACUAUAAAUAAGAGAAACCAGGAUUCACUCAGUUCUAUGGAUGCCUCAACCGACACAGAACAAAAAAAAGAAAGACUUAUCCAAAAUGAUUUUCGAGAUGAAGCUAACAGCCUAUUACCUCACAACGCACUCAUUGGUGAACGAGAUGGUGAACGAGUUGGUGAACAAGUUGGUGAACCCAGAACUAGACUUAGACGUAUUUUUCCUCGUAUUGCUCAAACGAAUUUCGAUGAUAUAAUUACAAUUCCUGAAAGUGAACCAUUGAAUAAAGGCCCUUCCAAGAGGAGAAAAAUCGAUGAAAGCGAUGAACUUGAAUCUGAAGAGAAAGAAAACCAGGGAGAAAAUCUCGAAAACUCCUCAUCAGAUGAUUCAAAACCAUUACAAUUUUUUCUAAAGAGCAGAGGUUGUAAAGAGACCUCUUCCUCUGCUAAACAAGGUAAAAGGUCUCUAGAAGAAUCAAUUCACCUACGGAAAAUUGAUGAAAACAGAAAAUGGAAUCGGAAUAAAUACACUAGAGCAUCCAGAAAUCGAAGACGGCGUGAAAAUAUCAGUACAAAAACCAAGCAAUAUCAACUUCUUAUAACAAACUAUGUGGAACAUCUGGAUCAAAUAGAAUUUGUCAUGAAAGAAAAUGAUGAUCUCAAGAAAAUUUUAUUUCAGGAGAUUCCUGAACUGAAUACCACAGAUACAGAGAGUAAUAUUCCUGUAUUUCUCAAAAUUUUGAAUAAAGCUGCACAACAAAAUAUGAAAUUGACAAAAAAUAAUAAAUUUUCUGAUGACCUUCUCCAAUUUUCUGUUUACCUGUUCAUAAUAGGUGGCAGGCUUCUUUACGAAAGCUUGUAUGCCAACUUGAAGAAAUCCCUGCCAUCGGUUUCUACUGUCACAAGAACAAUAGCAUCUACAAACAAUUUUGAAGAGGGGGUUCUGCGAUUCAGAGAGUUGAAUGAGUUUUUGGAGAAAAGAAAGCUGCCCAAAAUAAUAUGGAUUAGCGAGGAUGCUACCAGAAUCACUGGAAGAAUUCAAUACAAUCCCACAAGUGACACUUUGGGCCAAGUUCUUCUAGAGAAAAAUACAAAUAUUGAUGAAACUAACAAUGCUACCUGCAGCAAAUUUGGAAAUGAAAAUAUUUGUGAUGAGGAGGAUGAUAUUUUUUCAAUUGAUGUCCAAGGGAAAGACUUUGAUAGUGACGACAGUGUGAGGGACAGAGAUUAUUUUCCAUCAGAUGCAAGUUCAGAUGAUGAAGCUGAAAGAACUGAAAUCAGCAAGGAUCUUAAUGAAGAGGUGAUUGAACAACUCAAACACAACAGGGAUGAGGCAAUUGAGGACGAGACUGAGGAAUCUAAAAGUAAUGAUGUUGAAGAUACUCCCAAGAAGUUGGUGAGGAAGAGAAUGAGAAAUCCAGAAUCUUGGAAAAAAAAUAAACGCAAGAAGAAUAGGAAUUUGGGUAAGGAAUACCUCACAGUGAAGGGGAAAAAGGUGGCAAGAAAAAUGAUGGGUGCCACCUGUUCUGAAAAAUGUAGGAUCAAAUGCUCCACAAGAUUGAAUGAUAGUAAAAGGCAGGAGAUUUUUGAUUAUUAUUGGAAAUUAGGUGAUAUCAAUCUUCAAAGAAACUUUGUGAAUAGCUGCAUGUCUGAAAUAAAUCCAACGUAUCGUAAUUCUAAACCUGGGAGUACUAGAUCCAAAAACUACAAGUAUUCUUUCCUCAUUGAUGAUGCUGGUGUCCAGGUUUGCAAAACCUUCUUCAAGAAUACUCUCGGAAUCAAUAACAGAACAAUAUUCACAACCACUAAGAAAAAGGACCAUCAAGGCAUAAUUGAACGAGAUAGAAGAGGAACACAUACCCAACAUAAAAAAAUUCCAGACAAUAUUAAAAGUGAUAUUUUGAGGCACAUUGAAUCAUUUCCACGGGUGAACUCCCAUUAUUGUCGAUCACGGACAAAUAAGGAAUAUUUGGAAGGAAGUUUGAACAUUCGAAUAAUGUACCGUCUGUAUAUUCAACAGUGUGAAGAUUCUGGAAAAGACUAUGCUAAAUAUGGAACCUAUGCACACAUAUUCAACACUGAAACUAAUAUAGCUUUUCAUGUGCCAAAAAAGGACCAGUGCUAUUUAUGUGAGAACUACAAAAAUGCAACUGAGGAGAGCAAGGUGAAUUUACAAGAAAAAUAUGAUAAUCAUCUGAUAGAAAAAACUCAAAGUAGAUUGGAGAAAAAUCGAGAUGUGGAAAACCCUAACAAUUCUGUUUAUUGUUAUGAUUUGCAAGCAGUUUUACCUACUCCAUGUGGCGAUGUUAAUGCGUUUUAUUAUAGAAGCAAAUUAUCAACCUUGAAUUUCACUAUUUUUGAUUUAAAGAAUAAAAGAGGAUAUUGCUAUCUGUGGCAUGAAGCUAUAGCAAAAAGAGGAGCAAAUGAAAUAUGCAGUUGUGUUUAUAAGUUCAUAACUGAACACAGGGAUAGAAAUGAUAUAAUAUUCUACUCCGAUAAUUGUGUUGGCCAGAAUAAAAACAAAUUUAUAUUCGGAAUGUACCUUUAUUGUGUCCAACAUUUUGAAGAUAUUCAUUCUAUUUCUCAUAAGUUCCUCAUAGUUGGACACACUCAAAAUGAAGGAGAUAGUAUGCAUGCAACUAUAGAAAAGGAAAAGAAGAGGAUGUUGAAGAGUGGUCCGGUUUACAUUCCUGCACAAUGGGCGAUGAUAAUUCGCAGUGCAAAAAAACAUGGACAUCCAUACAAUCUGGAAGAAAUUUCAACCUUUGAUCAAGGAAAUCAAGGAUAUUUCAAAAAAUUUGUUUCAAAAAUUGGGAACAACUUCAACAGAAAUGUUGAUAAUGAAAUAGUAGUUUGGAGGGAUGUUAAAGUACUCAGAUUUGAAAAAGAUCAUCCAUAUACAAUAUUUUAUAAAACAUCCUAUGCAAAUAAUGAUUUCAAACAGAUUUGUGUGAAGAAAAAAAACUUAAGAGGUAAUAAUGCUAUCUCUAAUCUGGAAAUAACUCAAGCUUACACUAAUCCCCAAUUUCGAUAA